AUGUCAGCCUACGAAGAGAUGUCAGCGAAGACGCCGCGGCGUCUGUCGCCAGUUUGGUUUCUUGUGAUCACUUUGCUCCUAUUUGUGACUACCCUUACAGCGGUGGCUGUCAUCGAAGCUGGACGCGCACAGAACACUGCUGCCGGUCAGAGUGAUCUCCUGAUCCUCACGCGCAUGUGGAAUCAUUUCAAGGCAGGUGCGGAGAACGAUACGGAAGUCGCAACCGUGGAGCGAAUUGCUCGGGAAGUUGGCAAUGGCACGGAAUCUCCGCCUAUGGCGCAUGGACAGAGCAGAAACUUCUAUGAGGAGCAGCAGGCAGUGGUAGUUAAUGCGGAGAGCAUGGAUCCCGUGAUGGGACAGCGUCAAGAUGCCUACGGGCCGCCUCAGAGUAGAGACGACUCCUACGAACAGGAUCCCUACUACGAUGUGGCGGACGACUAUGGACCAGGACGAUAUCCCUAUCCAGAGUCUAGAGAGCAGCCAGCUGAAGAGGAUAUCUCAUCAUCGCAAGAGACGGAAGAGGGCAGGGCGUCUCAGGCUCGUCCCUAUGAUUCCUUCUACGCUCCCUGGGCAUACUCAAAGAAACCAGCACCAGUGGCCACUCAUCCUGCGGGAGGGAAUAACAGGAAGCUGCAGGCUACACCCAACAGAUCCCCCUAUCCUGCCUACGAUGAGGUCUACGACUAUCCCAUGGGAUUCCAGCCGCCUCCACACCCGGAAACACAGAUGGCCAAACAAGCUCAGCCUGCUCCCGAAACUGCGGUAGCCCCCCAAGUUCAGAGCGAGUCCACACUGGUCACCGUACUAAAGAGUCUUAAGCAGAUCUGGGAUCUAUAUCAGGCUCUGAUGAGCGCCUGGAACGCUGUUAGCGAGCGCCAUCAGCAGAGCACCGAGAAGUAUCGCAAGGAACAGGCACAGAAGCAGGCGGAGAAGGAUCGACUACGUCAGCAGCAGCAGCAGAAAACGAGGAUAAACUCCAAGAAACCACAGCGAGUGGAAGGAGACAAGAAGAACCAGGGCAAGAGGCCCAGCACAACAACCACAAAAUCUACCAGCACGACCACUUCCACCACGACUUCUGCACCAGAUAGCUCCGAGGAGGAGGAGGAGCAGCAGCCGGAGAAGGUGGAGAAAGUUGAGAUGGUAACACCAUCGUCAGCUAAAGUGGAAUCACGCAAGGGUGAGAAGGCCAGCUUGAGAUCGGUGCGAGGUUUGCGACAGAGACGUGAAGCCGAGACGGAGGACAAGGCGGACACGGAUGUGGGCGAAGGGCGUUACAUCAAGGGCGAUCCCCUCAAAGGCUACUAUGACUUCGUUAUCACAGAGGGCUCAUACAAAUUCUGGGCUGUCUUUCAGGUGGGCACAGCACUGCUGAUCAUCUACUCGACAUUUGCUGCCAUUUACUACUCCAAGGUGAAUCCGUUGACCAGUGACUACGAUUAUACGGAUUAUCUGGGCGGCGUUCGCUCUCUGUCUGGCGGGGAUGCCGAUUUCGUGGACGACGGUGAUGCGACGACCACACCGCCCGUCUCGACCGCCUCCCGCAUCAUGGAGUGGAUUCCACGGACGGCGCACUCCGUCAAAUUUAUUCUGGAUGCCAUCGACAAGAUGCCUCUGGAUCAUGACAAGACCAAGGAGCCUGGCUGGUCUACAGGCCAAACGACAGACACGACGACGGGCAUGAGAUAG